CAAAGGCUGACGUGCAGAUGGUGGAGGACUCGACGGAUGCCCUCGAACAAGAGUGGGCAGCGUCUGUGGUUCAACGCACUUGGAGACAAUACACCGAGCGCCAGUGGUCGAAUUGGCGCACCCAAUCGGCCGCCCAAGAAAACACCUCUUCCAACGACGAUAUCCCUCCAUGGACUUCCAGUGACGAACUUGUACAAGCUUUGGGCGCCAACUCCAGUGAUAACGGCGAGGAAAACGAAGUCGUGUUGGACGAUGCCACUCGCAACUGCCCGAAUUCAGGCCCAAGCUCGUCCGUGGAAUUUGAUAUCGGUGUUAUGGAAAGCCAACCAGCCAACGAUAUCAUGACACCACCCUGCACUGGUAGUUCAUUCACAAAGGUGUCGUCCGUCGACAUACCUAAACGAGGAGACAGCAGUGUUAUUGCUAUUCCAGCAGCAGGGUUGGGCGUAGUGGAGGCCCGACUGGAAGCGGAUGAGUCGUACCAAACCCUCAAAGCUAAGGAAAGCGUGCUCGAUCUACAAGUGCACAUACUGGUGCAGCAACAGCAGGCGCUGGUGGCCCAGCAGCGAAAACUGCGCGUUCUCAAGAGCCAGCAAGAGCGAGAUGCCAAAGCAAGGAAAAAGAUGGCCAACCUGCGCGCAAAGCAGUGCCAGGAGCUGGAGGCGCGGCGACAGGAGGAAACCGACAAAUUCCGGGCACUGGAAACUAUGGCGAUUAUCAAAAAUGUGGACAACCACCCCCAGCCCAUUCCAAAGCCCCACAAGAAACGGAUACAACCCCCCGCCGCUCCCACUCCAUCGUUGCACCAACACACUGACGUGCCGAUUCCGAAAAUGAAAACCUACCCGAGGCUUCCUGGCUUGCAGGGUUCGUCCCACGAAGACUUUGACGCCGACACUAAACCCAAGGCUAUCGCUGACAAGACGAGUUCUCUAAGCAGCGAACGCAAGGCCGUUGCAUGCUACGCGCAAGAUUUAACGCCAUUGGUCACUGGCAACAAACCAAGACGCCUCAAGGUCACAGGGCCACGAAAUCACCAGCCGCAUAACGAACGUACCAGGACCAACAAGGCCAAGGGGAAAAUACCACAUCCGUCGAAAAUCAAAGGUGUCAUGUCGUCGUCCACCAACGAGCGGAUUGGCAACCAAUUCGACGAUCUCGACACUCCACCACCGAUUACAAUUCCUCCCUUCUACACCCACACCAUUUCCUCCAAGGCUCCCCCCACCAAAUACAUGAUGAUGUCGACGCCGUUGACGGCAGAAAUCAAACACAUUCCGUGGGCGUCGACGUACUCAAAGGAAUUGGAAACGCCCCUGAGUACCAUGCAACAAGACUUCACGCUGCAGUGCAUAUUGAAGCAGCACUCAACAACCCCAUCUUCGGGGUUGAGUGGAUUGACGGCAACUCCAGUAAUGACUGGUGCCGAAACGUCAAGCAGCCCCUCUGUCAGUCUCAAAACGACAUCAGCAUCAGCAGCGGUACCAUCAAUGACAGGAUGUUCUGACGGCAAAUUGGGGUUGGUACCAACCCUUUCGAUCCAAAGCAAUGGUGGUGGGCCGACGGUGUCAAGACGAGUCUAUUUACUCAACAAGUACGGGAAAACCGAUGCGGACGGAGUGGCCUUUCCAACGCCCGCGAUUGUUCCGAACUCUCAACCACUACAUACGUCCAACAACAGCAAUCCUCCCGCUGACCCAAACUGGCAAUACUCGAGUGACAGGCUGCAGUCCAUAUUGGCCAAGUACAAAAUCGCUACGACUAGUUCCACCACCGCAGAGCCUAAGCAGUCUCGGGCCACCGAGCUAUUGCUAGCGAAAUACGCCCCCACCGCCACAUAAUACAAAGCAUCAUCUAAAGUUUGUCAAAC